AUGGCACCACCUGUUUCCGCGAUUCCGGUCUCGGAACUGGAAAUGCAGCUGAAUACGCUUCCGUCUGGUCGAGCGCGGAAUCCACCAAUUACGCUAAGCGAGUGCGCGCUGAAAGAGCUGGUGCAGUACAAGUGCAAUGUACAACCCGCGGAGAAACGAGGGGGCGUGCCGAGUGUGGUGUGUGAGCCUGUUGUGCGGAUGCUGAGAAGAUGUCAAGGAGGACUGAGUGUCGAGACGACUGCUUGGGAAGGGUGGAAAGCAAAGCAGGAAGGCGCGACCAGCUAG